AUGUCUGUCAAUAUCUUCUCCAUAGUCAACAAUUGUAGAACUGUUGAAAUUGCGCAGGAGAACCCACCAAAUUCCCAACGCCCAACGGAUUGGCGUGAUUCAUCGCAACAAUCAACAACAACUUCACUACAACCUCUGAUGGCGAUUUCUAGGUCUGCUGUUCGGUGGGAAGUUGGUGCGUUGCAAAUUGCAGAUGUGAUAUUUCCCCUGCAUUUGAUGUUUUAUAUGUUUACAAUCUCCAUGACCAGCUCUUCAUACAUUAUGGGGAAGUCAGGGUCUAAACAUGGAGAUGCUAAUUCACCAUGUGGAAAGUAUCAGUUUAGGUAUCAAAAAAUGUUGCAAGGAAGUGAUCCAACAAAGGGGAGGAGGGUGUCAGGGGGAGUCUACCAGUGGGAUAAGCUUGAGUUGUUUAAUGGAUUAAAGAGUAACUCCAUGAAAUUAGGUUCUUUGAAGGGUGCUUAUGUUGGGAAAAGGCAUACUUGGAUCCAUAAACAUUUUUCAUCAAUUGUUUUCACAAUUUUAUUGAUGGGUUUUCUUUUUCUUUUGGAUUCUUUUAUGGGUUCUAUCUUUGAACCUUCGGUUCUUCAAAGUAGUCCACCUCCCAAAAAAUUGUCUACUGAAACUGAAAUGUUUGGAGAUAAAAGUGGCAAAAAUGUGGUGCAAAUGUAUGGUCACCUUGCAAGCAUGGCUUCUAGUGCUCUUGCAGAGAGAGAGCUUAAACAAGAGGAAUCAAGAUUUUGGAAGGAAUCUUAUCGAAAAGCAUCAUUAUGGAGCCCUUGUGCAGAUAGAAAGGAAUCAAGAAAUACAGGAAAUUUUCAAAGCAACACUGGUUAUAUAUUGGUUAGUGCAAAUGGAGGUCUAAAUCAACAACGUGUUGCUGUAUGUAAUGCUGUUGCUGUAGCAUCAUUAUUAAAUGCAACAUUAGUUAUUCCAAGGUUUCUCUACAGCAACGUAUGGAAGGACCCAAGCCAGUUUGGUGAUAUCUAUCAAGAAGAUUAUUUCAUGAAAACAUUGAAAGAUGAAGUUAAUAUAGUAAAGGAUCUCCCACCUCAUUUAAAAUCACUAAACUUCAAAGAAAUCGGUAGUCUGAUAACUGAUGCAGAUCUUACUAAAGAAGCAACACCAUUGGAAUACAUCAAGAAAAUUCUUCCGAUUUUAUCAAAAAAUGGAGUUGUUCACUUUCUUGGAUAUGGAAAUCGCCUUGGAUUUGAUCCUUUGCCUUCUGAUCUUCAGAGGCUAAGAUGCAAAUGUAAUUACCAUGCUUUGAAGUUUGUGCCAAAAAUCCAAGAAAUCGGUUCAUUGUUAAUUAGAAGAAUAAGAAAAUACAAUGAGCCAAGGAACAAAUUAGACAAGGAACUACUAGGAGAUUUCAUCACAAAGUCAAAGUCAAAGUCAAACAUUCAAGAUACAGAUAGAGAACCACUUAAGUAUCUUGCUUUGCAUUUGAGGUUUGAAGUUGACAUGGUUGCCUACUCUUUAUGUGAUUUUGGUGGAGGAAAAGUUGAGAAAGAUGAACUUCAAACAUACAGAGAAUCCCACUUUCCAUUGCUAAUGCAACGAUUGAAGAAGUCAAAGCCUAUUUCACCACAAGAAUUAAGGAAUUCAGGAAGAUGUCCAUUAACACCAGAAGAAGCUGCACUUGUUUUAGCUGCUCUUGGAUUCAUGAGUGAUACAUAUAUUUAUCUUGCUGGAUCACAAAUAUAUGGAGGAAAGUCAAGGUUACGCCCUUUGACCAAUUUAUAUCCUAAUUUGAUCACAAAAGAGGAUCUCCUUUCCCCUAAUGAACUCGCACCUUUCAACAACUUUUCUUCUCAGCUAGCAGCAGUGGACUUUAUCGCGUGUGCAACUUCAGAUGUGUUUGCAAUAACAGAUUCGGGAAGCCAAUUAUCUUCAUUGGUGUUGGGUUUUAGAACAUAUUAUGGUGGUGGACAUGCUCCAACUUUGAGACCUAAUAAGAAGAGACUUGCAGAAGUGUUGUCAAAGAAUAAUGAAAAUGUAGUAAAUUGGAAUGAUUUUGAAGCAAGAGUAAAGAAUAUGAUAAGUGAAGCACAAAGUGUAAGAUUGAGGGGUUGGGGAAGAAGUAUUUAUAGACAACCGAGAUGCCCUGAAUGUAUGUGUCGUUUUCAGUAAUUGUUUGUUCUUCAGCCAAUCUCUUUUUGUUUUUUCUUCCGAGUUUUUAAGGUUAUUGUUUCCUCAUUAUUGACAAUGUUGCACAUAAGAACGUUCUUUUGUUGUACUAUAUUUUUUUGAGAAACUAAACAAAGGAAAAGAUAAAGGAUUAACAAAUG